AUGGCCGCGAGGACAGGAUCUGGAGUUUCGAUUGCGGUCCCGUGGAAACGGGAUACUCGGCGUGCUCUCAGUCCGGCUACGUCAACCGAUACGACGAACCCAUCUCUUCCUUGUGCCCCGGCAAUGGCGUCGUCGCUGGAGUCGCAAGCGUGCAUUCCGACACCGCCGAGGAUCGCCGGUUCGACUUCAAAUGCUGCCACUUGGAAGGAGUUUUCUGGACGGACUUCUUCUUUCCUGCACGAUUUCGACCGACCCUUGGACUAUUCCGUCGACCCUGGCUAUUACAUCGUCGGUGGUUUCAGUGUCCAUUCCAACCGCAAGGAGUGA